GUCAAUAUUUGUCGUUGAGCUUGCUUUUGUUGCCAUGAAGUCACUGGUGUUGUUCUAGUUAUCAGAAAGCCACUACAUGUAAGAUUGUAUCCUACCAAGACAAACAUUUAACAACACAUAUCUAUCUGAAUGUUCCGCAUGGUUCUGAACGCGUCCACUAGUAUACCUUGCGUUACGUCUGGAAUCCUGCGUUCAUCUGCGCAGCUUUCAUUCUCUCCACUGGUUCUAUUCCGAGAGUAGUUAGCGGCAGAACGCUUUCAAAACAGCACCAACUCAAAGCAGGGUUAGGGUUGAUCUUAUAGAUGUCAGACUGAAGACAGUCCGAGCCACCACUGGUACUGACACAGAGAGACGUUUAGUAAAGUAGGGCUGGACACAGGUGGACUUUCACGUCGUCGGCGUUGUGACAACAACAUAGACCAACGCAAUGAGCAGCAAUAAUGAACUCCGCUUUGAUCCAAAGGAGCACCAGCACCUGCGCUACAACCCCCUCCGGGACACGUGGGUUCUGGUGUCGGCCCACAGGAUGAAGAGACCUUGGAGUGGCCAGGUGGAGAAGGAAGAGGAGGACCAAGUACCUCAACACGACCCAAACAACCCCCUCUGUCCUGGGAACACCAGGGCCAACGGAGAGGUGAACCCAGACUACAACAACACAUUUGUGUUUGAGAAUGACUUCCCAGCCCUGCAGCCUAAUGCUCCUGACCCAGGACAUAACCAACAUCCACUGUUCCAGUCUAAAGCAGCCAGGGGCGUCUGCAAGGUGAUGUGUUUCCACCCCUGGUCUGACGUCACACUGCCUCUCAUGACGCUUCCUGACAUCGUCAAAGUGAUUGACAAGUGGGCAGAACUGAUGGUGGAUCUAGGCUUCACCUACCCCUGGGUCCAGAUCUUUGAGAAUAAAGGAGCCAUGAUGGGCUGUUCCAACCCCCAUCCUCACUGCCAGGUGUGGGCCAGUAACUUCCUGCCUAAUGAAGCCACCCUGUCGGACCGCUGUCAGAGAGAAUACCUGAAGACCCACGGAGAACCUCUACUGCUGCAGUACGCUAAGAUGGAGGCAGAGAGACAGGAGCGUGUAGUGGUGCAGAAUGCUGAUUGGCUGGCUGUGGUUCCAUACUGGGCCACCUGGCCGUUCCAGACGUUGCUGUUACCACGGAGACAUGUCCAGAGACUGACUAACCUCACCGCCCAGGAGAGAGAGGGACUGGCCUCCAUUAUGAAGAGACUCUUGACUAAAUAUGAUAACCUGUUUCAGAUCUCCUUUCCCUACUCCAUGGGCUGGCACGGCGCCCCUACCGGCCCCUAUCUUAAAGAGGACCAGUUCCACUGGCAGCUCCAUGCUCACUAUUACCCCCCCCUGCUCCGAUCUGCCGGCGUACGCAAGUUCAUGGUGGGAUAUGAAAUGCUGGCGCAGGAGCAGAGAGACCUUACACCUGAACAGGCUGCUGAACGACUGAGGAACCUUCCAGAAGAACACUACAAGACCAUUGAGACGGCAGGAGAGAUUGGUGGAGAGACACCUCUGGCCCUACCACGUCACACCUCUACCAAACCUCUGACCCUACCACACCUCUGACUCUACCACACCUCUGACUCUACCAUACCUCUGACUACCACAACUCUGACCCUACCACACCUCUGAUCCUGACCCUACCACACCUCUGACCCUACCACACCUCUGACCCUACCACACCUCUGACCCUACCACACCUCUGAUCCUGACCCUACCACACCCCUGACCCUACCACCACUCUGACCCAACAACACCUCUGACCCUACCACCACUAUGACCCUACCACACCUCUGAUCCUACCACCACUAUGACCCUACCACACCUCUGAUCCUGACCCUACCACACCUCUGACUUUAACUCUGUCACAGGAUCAUCAACUAGACUCAGCAGCAUACCGCCAGUUGGUGAACCCUGGUCUAUCACAUUGACAUUAGAUAUUAAAGUAUGAAUAACAGGAAGUGCCUAUCAAAACAGUUUUGAUACAAAUACUACUAGAUCUCUUUUUGGGAAGAGAAAUAUAUAACAUUGCUGAUGGUGCCUUCAGAAAGUUUUCACACCCCUUGAGUUUUUCCACAUUUUGUUGUGCUUCAGCCUGAAGUAAAAAUGUAUUAGAUUAAGAUUUUAUGUCACUGGCCUACACACAAUACCCCAUAAUGUCAAAUUGGAAUAAUGUUUGUAAAUUGAUAAAAAUAAAAAGUUAAAAUGUC